CGAAGACCGUGACAGUGGACGGAGGACUUCGAGCAGAUCACCAUGGAAACGUACAUUUAGAUAUGUUAGAGGAUGGCAGUUGUCCGGAAACUCAAAUGUCAAUAAACAGAGUUUAAAGAAAAACAGACCUGCUUUCCGUGAUGGAGUUCCCCCAGCAUUCCCAGCAGCUACUGUCAGCUCUGCGUUCCCAGCGCCAGCGGGGCUUCCUCUGUGACUGCACUGUCCUGGUGGGCUCAUCCCGUUUCCUGGCUCACCGGGCUGUUUUGGCCUCCUGCUCGCCUUUCUUCCACAUGUUUUACUCAGAUUCCCCUGGGGGCAAUGGUGGUAACGGCAGCAACAGCUCUGUCACACUUGACAGCGACAUUGUCACAGCUGCUGCAUUUGGCUUGCUCCUGGAUUUUGUCUAUGAAGGUGUGCUGCAGCUGGAAGAGUCUCCACCAGUGGAGGACAUAUUGGCAGCUGCAAGCUUUCUGCAUAUGAAUGAGGUGGUGAGAGUGUGCAAGAGACGACUGCAGAGACGAGGGCCUCUGGCUGAGGCAGACAGCACUCGUUCUGAGGAGAGCGCAGGUGUGAGGAAGGCAUUCCAGAUGGGAAGAGAAGGUGGCGGUGACAGUGGAGCUGAGCCUGUGAUGGCCAUGGCAGGAGAUAACAUGAAUCCGGUUGCCAUGGCAGUGCCACUCUCACCAGUGUCUGUAGUGGCUGAGAGGAGGCAGUUGGAGUCUGUGAAGUCUGAGCGGAGGACUGGUGGAGGGUCAUCAGAGGCACGAGUUCACACUCCUCUGAGCCCUGACCUUGCUGAUACCACCCAACCAGGCAUGGACGCCCCUCCUCUGCCCCCAGGCGGAGAGCUGGUGCAGGGCCUCAUCCCUGGCCAGUCUGUCCCUGGUCACAUCAGGUUGGGGACUGGAGGUCACGGGGAAGGGUCUGCACUCUGCAGCCCUUGCAGCACCACAGAGACAUACAGCCACAGCAGCAACCAGCAGCCCUCUUCCUCAUCUUCUUCCUCCCUGGUCCCAGUGAGUUAUGCUGGAGGUCGGUCAGUGGUUGCUCUUUCAGAAUCCAGCCUCUCCCCCAGCCCACAUCAGGAAGUACCACGACUGCUCCAUGACAAUGACUCUAGUAGGAAACCCUCAGAGACUGACCACAGAGGUACAUUAGGCGGAGGACAACAAAUGGUCAUGUUAAUCCAAAAGUCAGUACCCACCUCACACUUACAGACCAACCCGACGCACUCGCCGAUUCAACGUGCACCUCCCCAAAUCCGAAUCCAGAGCGCUGUGUCACUCCAACGCCAAAGCUCUGACUUUCACACUGCACCUCAGACACAAACCCUUAAGGGACCUGAAGGGGAUACGGGAGCUUCACCUACCACUAGAAAUGUGGGCAGAGUGAGGACAGACAAUAGUGAUAGAGAGAAUGUGAAAGUCAAAGUGGAGGCCAUUGUUAUAUCUGAUGAAGAGCUGGAGGAGGUGAAAGAGAGAAGCAGAGAGAGAGAACCAGUGAUGGAAGUGGAGGAUGAGUUUGAAGAUGACAUCCAGGAUGAGGAGCUGAACAGCCCUCAGUUUCUCCAUUCUCACCCGCAAGGCCUCCAACAGAUGACCUCCCAUGACUACUCCUUCCCUCUCUCCCCCUCCUCCUCCUCCUCUGGUGCUGCCCCUUCCUCCCAGGAAACCUCCUCCUUUGCCGUUUCCCUCAUUCCUCCGUCCACAGCCCAGCAGCAUUCAGACCCUCCCGCCUACUUCCAGGACUUCCAGGACUCUAUGGGGAACUUUGUGGAGGAUGUCCCCACAUGUGGCGUAUGUGGGAAGACUUUCUCAUGCACGUACACACUAAGGCGUCACGCCAUUGUGCACACACGUGAGCGCCCUUAUGAGUGCCGCUACUGCUAUCGGAGCUACACACAAUCAGGCGACCUGUACCGGCACAUUCGCAAAGCUCAUGACCACACGCUGCCAGCCAAACGCAACAAGGCAGAUGUGGAGCCCUCCCAGCCACCACAGCCACCACCACCUCUUAGCUAACACAAACAGGCACACUGUGGUAUUUCUAUACUUUAACACUCAUACCUAAACUUUAACUGAAUAUUCUGACUCUACUUCAACCCUAAAACAAGUGGGGCUGCAAUUAUUAGGGAUCGACCGAGUAAACGUGUUACUGCAUUACAUUUUGGGGGGAGGGGGGGUAAAACAUCUUAUUUCCAGAUAAUAAUAAUAUAUGAUAAAACUAUUAAAUUAACCAAAACACCAAAAUCAACCAAUUAAUUCCAGUCAGGCUCUUUGCAGCCUGUGCAUAUAACUGAUAAUUACUAAUAUGCACUCAGUUGUCAGUUUAUUAGGAACAUCUAGAUAAAACUGAUGUAGUCUAAUACAACAGUCCUGCAGUAAAUCCUCCUUCAUGAAGGUUUUAAUGUUCAGUUUUUAUUCAAAUUGUUUUAGAAAGUUGUUGAUUAUCAUUGUGGAGGAUGUAGUGUUUGGAGCUGUGUUACAUUAUACAGAGGUGUUUCUGUUACUUAGCCUACUUUCACUGAUAUGAAUGGGGUGGACAAAAUAAUAGAAACAUCUGGACGCCACGGUGAGUGUCCUUGUACAGCAGUUGUUUUGUGUUGGCAAAUCGGUUCCAAAUAUUGGUUAUCAGUCUCCUUGAUUACCAAUAAUCGGUAUCGUAUCAGCCCUGAAAAAACCAUAUCGGUCGAUCCCUAGCAAUUACUGAUUAUUUUCUCAACUACAAUGGCACUCAGUAGAGCGCAUACCUCUGCUAAGACCAAACAAUUCCACACAUCCUGCUAAAUAAACAAACAAAAAAAACAUGAAACGGAUGUGGGUGAAAAUAUAACCUCCUUGGCAGAGGUAUUAAUAAUAAUAAGUACACAUCGGUGUGAAAUGCAGAUUCAGCAUUUUAUUUCACCAGAUCUGCAUUAUUAUCUAGAUCUAUUCAAAUUGUACAAAUUCAUACAUGUAAACACCAUAAAUAUGUCAGAUUUCUUUUGCAUCAAGAUCCAUUCAUUAUUUCCAGAGGAACUGACCUAUCUGGCAUUGUCAAGGAAAGUGAUUUCCUGGAUGGGGCCCUUUAACUGGAUCCGUAAUCCUUCUGACAAAUAAACAGACACAGGCAAAAACAUAAUCUCCUUUGUGGGGAUGAUUUAUUUAUUUAUUUCAUCCAGAAAAAUAGUUUAAAACUCAAACAUUGUUACACAAAAAUAAUCAGAAAAUAUUUGCGAAGCUGUAAUCAAAUAGUAUAGUCGCUGAUUAAUUUAAAUUCAUAGUUGAACAUGACUUUGAAAUGUUUCCAGGGUAUUUACAAGUCUUUAAAGUCUUACAUUUUCUGAAAUUAGAUUUUAGAAAAUUAAGCCAUGAAUUUAUGGUCUUUAAUUCGGGCUUUGCUAAAAAUUCAGUCAGACUUUAACUAUUAUUUAUUAUUAUUAUUUAACUAUGUUAUUUUUUUAGAAAUAAACUGAGAAAAUGACCAAAACCAAUCUGCUUAUUUUGACAGUUGCAUAAUUUACUUCCAUUUAAACUUGAUUUAAGCGACAUACUUACAUAUGACACUUCUAUGUUAGUAUAAGGCAUAUAUAUUUAAUGUGAUCAGAUGAUCAAAAUCUCAAAAAGUUGCCUCUCUCAACUUAUCUGAACAUUGUCAAAUACUUUUACAUUUGUAAACACCCCUCAGAUACCCUGGUUGUCUAUUCUUUUGCAGACAUUUGUAUCCCCAUAAGUACAGAAAUACAAUAACUCAUACACACACAGAGUAAACACCAGCCAUGUGGCUGUCAUAUUGGCACUCAUUCAUCAAACACUUAAUGUUACUGUAUGACCAUUGUCUCUGUAGAACCCUAAAACUGAGCUGACACCUGUGCUAUUGUGCUACUCUUUGUAAAAUUGAAGAGGUGUUUUACAGUUUAAGUUUGUACUGUUUUAAUAUCUUGAUCUUUUAUUUAUACAUUUGUAUGAGUAUAAAAAUGAUCACAAACUUCAUUGUUGGAAGAGGGGAUGAUUCAGGAAAUGUAUGUUUGAAUGACUUCUGUGACACCUACCUACACCUACUGUUUACUAUAUCAACUUAAAACACAAAUAAGGGAAAGCUGUUGUGUUUUGAAUUUUAUCAGUUUUAAUUUGUACAACUGCCUUUCCAGUGUGAAUCUGUGCCAGCAACCUUUGACUGAUAAAUGUAGUAGCAUUGUACUGUCUAGUGUUAUAUUGACAGGAUGCAACCACGAGAGUUGUUCAUGUGGCAGCAAAUAUCUACACACGUUCUAGAAAUAGAUUCAGACUGUGCCAUUUUAUAACCUAUAAAACUUAAAAUAUGA